AGCAACUGAAGUUAGAAUCCGCAAACAUGGCAGAGAAGAUUCAGCUUCUUGAAAUAUCUAAAAGGAAGCUGCUGGGACAAAGUGUGAGUUGUUGUUCCUAUGAUGAACUCCAAGAAAUCGAAGAUCAGCUGCAGAGAAGUUUGCUAAGAGUCAGACAAAGAAAGGCUCAACUAUACAUGGAGCAGAUUGAUCAGCUACGAUCCCAGGAGAGUAACUUGCUCCAAGAGAAUGCCAAAUUAACUGAAAGGAUUCUGGUGUUUCCCUUCACGCUGCCUCCUCUUUCUACUAUGCCAACACCGCAUACAUUCACUUCUCCCAUUAGUCUCAAAUUAAAUGAAGAUAACUUCUUGGUUUGGAAACACCAAGCUUUAGCCACCGUUACUGGUCUGCAUCUUAUGAAAUUUCUUGAGAGUUCUUCAUACCCUCCCAAAUAUGUCACUCCUGAUGCAGCUGCAUCGGAUGCCGUCAACCCCCUUGACCUCGAUCACCUUUAACAGGAUCAACUCAUUGUAGCAUGGUUGCUGUUCUCCAUGUCCGAUACAAUGCUCACCAAAAUUAUAGGUUUAAAAGCAUCUUAUAAUAUUUGGAAAACUCUUACUGUGCAUUAUGCAAGUGAAUCUCGUGCUCGCAUAAAAAAGAUCAAGAGUCAACUCAAAAGCACCAAGAAGGAUAAAACUGUCUCUGCCUAUGUUCUUGAAAUCAAGAAAUCCGUGUAUGCGCUCGCUGCUAUGGGGUAACCUAUCACCGAUGAUGACCACAUUGAGUAUAUUUUUGCGGUCUUCUUGACAAUUACGACGGCUUCGUUACCUCUAUUCUUUACCCUACACUGUUGAAGAAAAUAAAGCAUUUUCUCAAGAAGAGCGCCUUGAGAAAAAUCUGAAUACUGAUUUGGUUGUGCUUGCUCACGUUCUUUCUACACUCGUUGUGCUACUUCUUCUAACCAACGCCAGCAGCCUAGUCAAUCUUGGCCUCAUCAACAAUCUACUCCUCAAACCAACAAUAGAGCUCAGUGCCAAAUUUGUUCCAAGUUCGGUCAUCAUGCUCUUGAAUGCUGGCAAAGAUUCAAUCAAGAUUUUCAGCUUCACAACUUCCAGGUUUCGUCUUCUAGUAUUGAGAUUUAUGAUCAACUAUCUAAUAUUUCUUCUUUGUCUGAUCCCCUGUGGUACCCCGAUAGUGGGCUUCACACCAUGUCACAAUGACUCCAGUAACUUCAAUUCAAAAUCCUCAUAUACUGGCUCUGAAAAUAUCAAGUUAGGUAACUGUGCAGGUCUGAAAAUCACUCAAAUCGGUUCCACCACUCUCUCUACCUCUUCUUCUUCAUCCAGUUUUGUCUUAAACAAUUUUUAUAUGUUCCAA